CUUCAGUUUUAUUUGAUAGUCAUACAAAUUACAUGGAAGUUAGAAUUUUAAAACUAUACAAUAUAACUGUUAAUAUUAUUCAUAAACGAAUUAAUAAAAUAAGUAAUGAAAGUUUGUCUAUAACAGCAAAAAUAAAAAAUUAUGGUUGAUUUAUUUAUUUUUUUAUAUUAAACUUAACUUGUUCUUUGGCAGGCACUGUUCAAAGCUCUAGGAUUGAAUGAAGAAGACUUUUGCUUUGGCUUAACCAAAGUGUUUUUCCGUCCUGGAAAGUUUGCAGAAUUCGAUCAGAUUAUGAAGUCUGAUCCCGAAAAUCUUUCAAUGCUCGUCAACAGGGUGAAGAAAUGGUUAUUGGCAUCGAGAUGGAAGAAAGCGCAGUGGUGUGCCUUAUCUGCUAUAAAACUAAAAAAUAAAAUAUUAUAUAGAAGAGCGAAUCUUAUAAUUAUUCAAAAAACUGUAAAAAUGCAUCUUGCCAAAAGGAAAUAUCGUCCAAGGUUUCUGGCAAUUAUGAAGAUUAAAGCAUUACGGGAACAGUUAAAAAAUAUGUCAACCAUCAUUAAUCAGCUGAAAAAGGAUAAGCAACAAUCCGAAGCACAAGUUCGCAAUUUAGAAUUUCAAAUGAAUGAUCUUAUAAAUACGAUCAAGGUAUUUAAUUUUAUAAUUAAAAUUAUUUCUGUUAACUUGCAACAAUUUAUUACUUGAGGAUAAAAUUACUAGUUGUUUUCGGACGUUCCAACACACAACUUACUUCGGUUCAAAUCUUGAAGCACAUGAUUAUUUGAUAGUGAGCAUUUAACUGCAUACUCCAACCCAAAAAUUUGAAGAUUGGGUUUGUUUUAUAAUUCUGGCAUAAUUUUAAUGGUGGGUAUCUAAAAGGAACAUUUUUAGUAUAUAAUGCUGUUUUAUU